AUGAUGUUCACUCCUAUCUUGGCCCUCACGUUUGCUGCCAUUGCCCCAAUUGUCAGCGCAUACCCCAUCACUGGAACCGUUGUCAACUGCCGCUCUGGUCCAGGCACCUCCCACUCCGUGGUCAGAAGCUACAAGAAGGGAGCCAACGUUGCAAUUACCUGCCAGACCUCCGGCACCAGUGUCAACGGCAACGCAAUCUGGGACAAGACCGCGGACGGCUGUUACAUUGCUGAUUACUAUAUCAAGACCGGAAGCAACGGCUAUGUGACCAAGAAAUGCAGUAGCGGAAGUGGCAAAGGCAAAGGCAGCAGUGGGAAACUGCCCACUCUUUCGGCCACCCAGACCAAGCACGCAAAGGCCAUUAUCAAAGAAGCAAAGAAGGAAGGCCUAGGCCGCCAGGGCUGUCUUGCUGGUAUUUCAACUGCACUUGUCGAGUCCAAUAUUCUCAUGUAUGCCAACAAGAAGGUCCCUGCCUCCCUCAAGUAUCCACACGAUGCCGUGGGCUCGGACUACGAUAGCGUCGGUAUCUUCCAGCAACGCGCCAUCUACUAUCCCAACAUCGCUGCCAAUAUGAAUGCUGGUAAGUCUGCGGCACAGUUUUUUAAGGGCAUGAAAGGUGUCAAGGGCUGGAAGACUAUGGACGUUGGUAAGCUUUGCCAGAAGGUGCAGCGCUCGGCCUAUCCCAGUCGAUAUACGCAGCGUGUCUCUCAGGCUAAGAAGAUUUGUGCUGCUGGUGGCCUGUAA